CAGUAUGCAAAUCCCAAAUCUGUUAAUGCCGCCAUCCAAACCCACCCCCUUUAGCACCCCAGACCCACCCCUUUUAGCAUAGCACCCCAGACCGGUUUGAAGGGAGGUCUGUCAGAUUGUACUAAACCAGAAGCCAGCAUCGCUUAACGGAAAGGGGCGCCCAUCGAGUUGUAGCGGCUUUUUUGCAAUACAAUCCAUCGUAGCGUUGAAGUUGAUGCAAGGAAAAAUGAACAUAUAAUAAAAUCCGUGUGGAAUAUUGAAACCAAAAACCUUUAGGGGGACGCGCGCUUUUUAAGCACGUCAAUGAUCGUACCUUCCAAAACUUUCCUUUUAACGCACAAACCUGAAAACUCGACACGUAAAAUAAUCACUAGCGUUCAAAAUAUAGACUGUCCACCGCUGGAAAAUUAUACGGUUUUUGAAAUUGCCGUUGUUCUAUUCUUAACCAGUUCAAUACCAAAUAUAGUCAUUGUGUUAAUAUGAAAUGUCCUUGAACGGUGCUCUGGUUUGGGGUAACGUUGCCAAAGUUUAUAAUUAAAAACGCUGAGAUAAGUAAUUUAAUCACUUGCACGUGACACAUUUUAUGUUUGAUUAUACAACCCACGAGCACUAAUUUAGAGUAUAGGGUCCCAGCUAAUUCUGUUUUCUCAAGUUUGCAAGGCUAGUGUCUCCAGAUUGUAUUACCCCUGCAGAGCACGCCGAUGUAAUAGGCUACAUCUCGGCCGUUUUGUUUGAAUGACUGACAACCGAAACCGUUUUUAAUCCUCUGGUUUUUACUACGACUUUUUUAAGCAAAUUUGCACAUACCUCGAUCUGUGUUGACCAUAGAUUUCGCCGCUUAUCUUAUAGAAAACGUUUUUAUAUAAUUGUCCAUUAUAUUUAUAACGCGAAGGAGCCAAAAAAAAUCGGAUUUUUCAAAAUGAUCAACAACAGUGCAGAUUCAUCCUCCGUACGGAUUUUAUUAUCCACACUUAUUUUGAUGCUCGGUUUGGCUGCGCGAUGCGUCGGGCAGGCCAUGCCGUCCAAAGAGAGCCCUCAAGCGGACCCAGCGUCAUUCAGUCUCCGGUCCCUGGUUACGGGGACCUGCGAAGAUGUCCACAGAUACGUGGAAUCCGUGGUGGGAACCAAUGUGAUCGAGUCGACUGUUGAGAGUGUGCUGUUGUAUUUAGAGUCAGUGCUUGGUCAAGAUAACAUCUAUUCCAUGUUCUUUGAGAUGUUGAGCCGGUUUCUGGCUGAGGGAGCUGCCAGCGGACUGAAUAUCUUCGCUCUUUACGUCACAGAUAUCCUCAGGGUCACAGGAGUUGAUGUCCACCUGCCGUUCCCUCACUUCACCGCAGAGGGCGUGGCCUCGGCUGGUCAGUGGGCUCUGCUGGCUCUGAUUGGCUACUGGGUGCUGUCCAUCAUCUUGCGCCUGCUGGUGGGUGUGGUGAGGAGGGUGUUCUGGAUGCUGAAGGCGGGCAUGGCGCUGUGGCUCUUUGGCCUGAUCGUCAGUGAUGCCAAGGCUGGUUCAGACACCACAGCCGUCCGGCUAGCAAGCCUGGUGCUGGGGUGUGCCCUGCUGGGGCUGGCCAGCUCUGGAUCAGAAAAGACAGUUCAAGUGGAAGACCGCAUGAGCAUCCUGGAGGGAAGGGUGAAGGUGGUGGAGAGGAGGAAGGGAGAGGAGUGAUGGAAGGAAAGGGGGGGAGGAUAGUUGUAAAGGAUGGUGGUGCUGAAGGGGGUCUGUGUCAGUUUCUCAAAUGAAAUAAAGCAACCACCACGAUUUCUUUGAUUGAAAGUGGCUUUUCAAUUCUUA